AUGUCAGAAGCAGUUUACUCAACGCCAGAGUGGUAUCUCAAAGCUCAGGACCAAGACGUGAGCAGUGACAUAGGCCGGCUGACCAUUUAUCAUCUCGGUUUCAAGCAGGCAGCAGAGGGGAAAUUAAUAUUCGCGCCGAUUGAUUUCUCGACACAGCCUCGAGCUAUACUCGAUGUCGGGACUGCGGAUGGUCUCUGGAUGCGCGAUGUUCAGUCCUCAAUUCCUAGGCCAGCUCAAGGUGAACAUACCUUCAUCGGCACUGAUAUCAACACUUCUUUCUUUCCAGCGACGACCACGGAUGGGAUCAGUUAUGUAAAGCAGGAUAUCAAAGAUCCUCCACCAGGAUCCUGGCAUGAGUCUUUCGAUCUCAUCAACAUGCGCAUGAUUCUCAUCGCCGCUGGUUCCAGCUCAUCUCAACGUACUGUGGUGAAUGAUCACAUCAGACUUCUCAAACCAGGCGGAUGGAUCCAGAUCGGCGACUGUGAUCGUAUCUGCCCAACUCCCGAGACUGAAAAUCCAAGGUAUCACGACAUGUUUGCGUGUAUCAGAGCCGUCUGCCAAGCCUCACGUUUAGAUCCUCUCGAAGCACCAAAGAUGAAGUCUUGGUUGGUUGAAGCUGGGCUGGAGGACGUACAGGAAAUGACGGCUAUGAGGGGGGUUGGCAAGAGGAAUGAGGAUGAGGAGCUGGGGAGGUUGGGGGUUGGAGCGGAUUUGAUUAUUGCGAAGGGGUUUGCGGCUGGUGCUAAAGGUGAGUUUCUUAAGAUCUUGGAGAUGCGGGCUAACGUGAUUAGGGUUGAGUCCUUCUUUGAAGCCGUUGCCGGACGAGAGGUUGGAUAA